GUUUCGUGACGCGCAUAGCCCCUCGGCGCGCGACAACAGUUUUGGCGAGCAUGUUAGCUCGAAGCGGAGUUGGCUCCGCGAGAAAGCUCCACCCACCUACGCCUCUGGCAGGAGCUAUCAUCCUGCCCUCGCAAAAUUGUUCAUUCGACGAAUUGUUGUUUGGAUAUAUAGCACGGCAUUGUACUCGCUCGCAAUCCGGUAGCUAUUGUCUGGGUGCUGAAGUGUGCAGGCUCGAGGCAGUGGGAUUUUGCUGCAAGUCGCAACAUACUUGGCUGGCUUCGCGACAUUCCCUCUUGCCAAAAUCCAGACGCACAGACGACCAGCAACUCCGAAGCGAUAUGCGAUAGCAGAAGAUCAAGUCGCAAACACAGUGUGCAUGGCAGAGAAGAUGGCAUCAGCAGCGCAGCCGCAGAGCCCAAAUCUGGUGAUUCACAUUCUAUCGCAACAUGUCAGAACGGAAGCAGAUUGGAACUCGCUCAUCGAGUCGAACUUCGCGCCAAAUACUCAAUGGACUGCAAUCCAAAACAGACUACUCGAUUCUAGCAGUUCCGACUCCACCAAAGCAGCAGGCAAAGUCCUCGAGAUCCGAGCAACACUCACCCUCUCAAACCCCAACGAACGAAUAACGGUCGACCACUGCAAAGCCCUCCGCAACUCCGAAGCCAUCCAACAUCUCCAACAAGCCGAGAAAGUCGAAGUCGUGCACCAGCCUUUCGACCUCUACCUCGACCAUAGAACACCCGGCCUAGCAGUCUUUGAUAUGGACAGCACCCUCAUCCAGCAAGAAGUCAUCGACGAACUCGCCCGAGCCGUAGGCCGCUAUGACGAAGUCGCCGCCAUCACCGAAGCAGCCAUGCGCGGCGAACUGGAUUUUGAAGCCUCGCUACGAGCGCGAGUGGGCAAGCUGGAAGGCGUCGAUGCCAAUAUUUGGGACAAGUUGAAGCGGGACGUUAUCACGGUCACUCCUGGUGCGCGACUGCUCGUCAAGGCGUUGAAGGGACUGGGAUGGAAGACGGCGGUGCUUAGUGGAGGCUUCACGCCGCUUGCUUUGUGGCUGCGGGAUCAGCUUGGGCUCGACUAUGCGCAUGCGAAUCAUUUGGCUCUCAACGAGGCGGCGACAUUGCUCAGUGGGAAACUUGUGCCGGGGAGCAAGAUCGUGGACGGGGUCGCAAAGCGGGAGUUACUGAUUCAGCUGGCCGAGGAGAACGGCAUUCCGCUGAAGAACGCCAUUGCAGUGGGAGACGGCAGCAAUGACUUGCUGAUGAUGUCUGCGGCUGGCUGGGGAAUUGCCUUCAACGCGAAGCCGAAAGUGCAAGAGGCUGCUCCGGCCAGACUCAACACGUCGAGUCUUCUCAACAUUAUGUACUUGCUUGGCUAUACCAAUGCCGAGAUAGCAAAGGCGGCAGAUGUGGAAAUAUCGAUCCUUCACACUUGAGCCGAAGAACACAGCAUUUAGACUAUACAGCUAGAGCAAGGCCACGGCGUCGUAGAUAGCCCUCCAUCCCCUCCAACCACAACU